UGACUAAACUAAUCACUUCAGGGAUUUUUUAUAGUGAUUUUCCCGUUUGUCGAUAGAUAAAUUCGAAAGGGUGGAAAGGGGGGAAAAGGCGACGAAUGCGUGCAGUCCACCGGCAAACAUCUGCUACUCACCCUAACUUUUACGCGCAGACUUUAUUCGAAAAACUACUCAUCUACUCACAGGACCUGCUUAUUGCAAAGCUUUGUAAAGCUCAUGCUAUAGUUUUCGAUCGCCUGAACUUCAGUUACCGGUUGGCAAUGGUAAAGUUGGUAUUCGGUUUUGCCUAGUGUAUCUGCCUUUGUAUAUCAACAAAAAUAAAUAAUAGUCUAAAUUCGGCCUUUUAUACUAAGCGAAUAUUUUCUAAAGCUGACUACCACAUGCAGAUUUAUUAUUAUUAAACAUUGCGCUUGGGAACAGAUCUGUGAAUUAAGCUUCAAUGUUGUAAAAGUUUCCUGUGAGUGAAUGGAACAACAGUUAAAAAGUUGUUUAUAAUGGAUAUGCCUAAGGAUGGCAAAUCGGUCCAUGAAGAAACCGACCAAACUGAAUUGGAUUUUCUUCGCAACCCUCCAGAGAAACGAAGCAGAUUUCAGGUAAAUAGAGUUCGCACCGACAGCUACAACAACUAUGAACGACAUGUUCCCAACAAAAUAAUUGAAGACAAUAGCAGCGACGAUGAUGUUUUUUCAACCACGGACAGGACUCGGUUAAGCCUGAGUUAUACCCAAAAGCACUCCAGACCGUUGACUAGAGAAGCUCUACCUAGACUGGACAACUACAGGAAUAUUAUGUCUCUGCAAGCUGCUAAUAGGCCAACUUUGGAUGAACUUCACACAUGCAAUUUACCAUCGGUGGAACAAAGAAGAAACACUCUAAACCAUAAACAAGAUAACACGACAGUUCAAUUAAAAUUCGGAUGGAUUCAGGGAGUAUUAAUAAGAUGUUUAUUAAAUAUUUGGGGCGUAAUGCUGUUUCUCAGAUUGUCCUGGGUGGUCGGGCAAGCAGGAAUAGGUCAAGCCAUUCUACUUAUUCUUAUCACGACGAUGGUUACUUCAAUUACCGCUUUGUCCAUGUCCGCCAUCAGUACCAAUGGGGAAAUAAAAGGCGGUGGGACGUACUAUAUGAUAUCUCGAAGCCUUGGACCCGAAUUCGGAGGAUCCAUAGGACUCAUAUUCUCUUUAGCUAAUGCGGUGGCAUGUGCAAUGUAUAUAGUGGGAUUUUGCGAAUCCCUUCAAAAUCUUCUGUCCAGUUAUGGAUUGUCUAUCGUUGAUGAUGGCAUUAACGACGUUCGGAUAAUUGGUUGCAUUACUGCAGUAUUGCUAACCGUAAUAGUUCUCGUGGGAAUGGAAUGGGAAGCCAAAACGCAAAUGGUUCUAUUAGUAAUUCUAGUAGUUGCAAUUUUUAAUUACCUGAUCGGAUGCAUUGUUGGACCAACUAAUGAUAGCGCUAAAGCCAAAGGAUUUGUGGGAUUUAAUGGGACUGUUAUGUGGGAUAACAUGUUUCCUGAUUACCGAUAUGCAGAAGAAAUUUACUACGAUUUUUUCAAGGUUUUUGCUGUGUUUUUUCCUGCAGCAACGGGCAUUCUUGCAGGUGCCAAUAUAUCAGGUGAUUUAAAAGAUCCUCAGUCAGCAAUUCCAAAGGGCACCUUGCUGGCUGUAUUAAUAACCACCAUAUCCUAUAUUCUAAUGGCAGUAUUUGCUGGAUCUACAGUGCUAAGAGACGCCAGCGGAAAUAUAACAGAUUAUCUAAAUGGGAAUAUAUCUAGUUGUAUUCCCAAUUGCACUUACGGAUUACAAAACAAUUUUCAGGUUAUUGAACUAUCUUCUUUAGAAGGUUCCAUUAUUUAUGCUGGAUGUUUUGCUGCGACAUUAUCAUCCGCUUUGGCGUCUCUAAUCUCAGCCCCUAAAGUGUUCCAAGCCCUUUGCAGAGACCAACUGUACCCACGCAUUGAGUGGUUUGGACAAGGUUUUGGAGCCAACAAUGAACCAGUUCGGGCUUAUAUUCUGACUUUUAUAAUUGCUAUCGCCUUUAUUCUCGUUGGACAACUAAAUCUGAUCGCACCACUCAUCUCGAACUUCUUUCUGGCAGCGUACAUGUUGAUUAAUUUUUCAACGUUUCAUGCGUCUUUGGCAAGACCAGUUGGCUGGAGACCAACUUUCAAGUUCUAUAACAUGUGGCUUAGUUUGGCCGGAGCCAUACUAUGCGUUAUAGUUAUGUUCUUAAUUUCAUGGUGGACAUCACUGUUAACGUUUGUUUCGAUAUUAGGCCUGUAUCUAGUCGUCUCAUACAGGAAACCAGAUGUGAACUGGGGAUCCACAACCCAGGCCCAGAUCUACAAGAGCGCUUUAAAUGCGACCCAACAAUUAAAUAACAUGGAAGAUCACGUUAAGAACUAUAGGCCACAAAUAUUAGUUCUAACGGGGAUGCCCAGUGAAAGGCCCGAGUUAGUGGAAUUUGCCCACUUUUUAACAAAAAAUCUGUCAAUGUUGGUAUGUGGACAUAUUAAUCCGGUUUCAAUGUCUCAAAACCAACGACAUGUGCUGCAUUACAAAGCGAACAGUUGGCUGAAGGCGCACAAGUACAAAACAUUUUAUCAGCAAAUUGAUGGUUUUUCAUUCGUCGAAGGCGCGCGAGCCCUUUUAAAAGUGUGCGGCAUAGGAAAACUGCGCCCCAAUAUUUUAAUGGUGGGGUACAAAACAGACUGGCAAACAUGUAACACUGAAGAUUUGACUAAUUACUUUCAAAUUUUACAUAACGCAUUUGACUUGCAUUUGGGCAUUGCUAUUCUUCGGUUACAAGGAGGGCUCGAUAUAAUUGGCAGAUUUAAAAACCAGGAGCAGAAUAGUAAAAGUAGCCCCAGUGCUAUGAAAAGGAAUUUAUCUUACAGUCAAAUUUCACAAGGCAGCAGUGGCAGCGAACAAUCAAUUUAUACUCGAAAAAACGAAGAAGCAGUUAGCGAAGCUCCUGAUGAAUCAUCUAUAUAUAAAAUAGCAAAAUCUUUUACUGAAUCCGCGGUGGAAUUGAGAUCAGAAGGACAAACAGAAGUUGAAAACAACACACCUUUGCCUCCAUUAUUUCAAUCAAAUCUGAAAAGGAAAGGAACCAUUGAUGUAUGGUGGCUAUAUGAUGAUGGAGGCUUGACGCUGCUCUUACCCUACAUAAUAAGCACAAGAAGGAACUGGAGCAGUUGCAAGCUGCGAGUUUUUGCCAUUGCCAGCAAUUCAAACAGCUUGGAAUUGGAGCACAGAAAUAUGGCCAGCUUAUUGGCUAAAUUUCGAAUAGCAUAUUCAGAUCUUCAAAUCGUACCUGAUAUUACUAAGCCAGCCAGCGAAAGUUCUCAAUCGUUCUUUGAUUCUCUCAUUGCGGAUUUUAGGAGUAAAUCAGAUGGUUCGGUUUCGGAUGAAAACGGAAGGCUUACCGUUACGGACUCUGAAUUAAUGGCAGUGAAAGACAAAACGAACAGGCACAUGAGAUUAAGGGAACUGUUACUGGAACAUUCCCAUGAAGCCGCAAUGGUAGUAAUGACUUUGCCGAUACCCAGGAAGAACAUCGUAUCUGCUCCUACUUAUUUGGCAUGGCUGGAAUUGUUAACCAAAGACAUGCCUCCCGUACUUCUUGUACGUGGCAAUCAAACUUCCGUUUUAACCUUUUACUCGUAGUUUUUAGUUUGAUUAUAUGUAUGUGAAAUAUUAAUUCAAUAUUGAAUAUAUGCGGGCUGCUGUACACUCCCUAGAAGAAACUCUUUUUUCGACCUGAUAUUAUACAGGGUGUCCCAUAAGUAAUAGAAAAAAAUACUGCGGAUUUCUGGCUUAAAUAAGUAAUUCCUCACUUGUAGUGAGAAAUGAACAAAUGCCAUGUUGUGUAUCAAACCCCAAGAUGUUGGUGAGUUGAAAAACUACAUUAAAAAAAUUGACGCCCUUUAUUUCUGUUUCGGUUGACAUUUGUUCUAAGCUAAGUUGAGCAAAAUCGUAUCAUUUUUACCACAGGAAUUUGCCAGUAUCUUUAUUCAUUAUUAUUUAUGGGAUACCCUGUAUAUUGUUCUGUGCUGUUCAAUAAGGAACUAGAAAUAAAAUCAAUUUAACACAAUCGUUUAUCGUGACACUUUAAACGCGUUUGUUAAAGAACAGAGCAUAUCAUUUCUGAUAUGCUUUCAGGCGACAAUUCGUAUCACAAAUGAUAAUAACUUUAAUUAUCUCCACUUUUAUAGCGUACAUAUUUCUCUAAUGACGCAACUUUCGCUUAGGUGUAAUUCUAACAGGUUUCUGCGCUUUUUAUUGCGAAAUGUUUUAUAACUAUGAUUAAGACAACAUAAGAACAAUACAUACAGUAUUUUAAUAUUAAGUAAA